GGGACACCUUAAAUAAAUUCAUUACCGUGCUAUUUGUCUCAAGCUCUACUAUCUUCCCGCCAUCACAAUUAUUGAACUCUUCAACAUCAAUUCACCAUUGUUAUCAUUGUUCUCUUCUUAAACCAUGCAAUGGGACUUAAUCUUAUGGCUCAUUGCUCUCAUCUCUAACAUCGGCCUUCUCAUUCUUCUCAUUUACCAGAUUAUAUGUUUAUCGGAUUUGGAGGCUGAUCAUAUGAAUCCCUACGAAUCGUCGGCGAAUAUCAAUUCUAUGGUUUUACCAGAGUUUGGAUUGCAGGCAGUUUUUUGUGCUCUUUUUCUUUUCACAGGUCAUUGGUUCAUGUUUCUGAUAAUGUUACCGGUUACUAUUUUUCAUGCAAGAUCGUUUUCCCGGAGAGAACAUCUUGUAGAUGUUACAGAGAUUUUUAGAGCACUUAGUUCUGAAAAGAAACAUCGGUUUAUCAAGAUGGGCCUUUAUUUGUUGUUUUUGUUCUUGGUCAUCUUUAGGCUUGUAAUAGCUAUUCAUAAUGCCUUGGCUGAUGAAGAUGAAGCAUUGCAUGGAUUUUGGCUGUUCUAAAUUCUCACGUUGAGAUCUAUAAAUGUCUUUCUCAAGUCUGCCUAACUGCAUAUCGCUGGAUUUUGAACAUGAAGGAGAUCCUUCCAUAGUUCCAUUCGUCAGACCUGUGAAGGAAAGAUGUGACUGUAAGUGAAUUUUCUUGAACAGCAUUUAACCAAUCAAAUUUUUGGCUUCACCAUUAUCUCAUCAGGUGAAAGCAGACGCUUUAAGCAGAUAUGCUGCGUGUCAAUGAUCAUAGCCAUUGAAACUGU